AGCGUGUCACCCCUUCUCCCUCCUUCUUUUUCUCGUUCUUUUUGCCCAUCACGGAAGGACAAAGGUCAAAAUGCGUCAAGCGCGUGAGCAACGAGCUCAACGAAGAGUUCGCGAGCAGCAAUGAUCAAUUUUGUAAAUGACGUGUUCCCAUCGUUUGGGCGUCCAAGCAAGCUGCAGAUUCCCUAUCGAGUGGUAUGAUUCUUCAAUAGGGCCUGUCAGACAUAUUUUCGUCCUUGCCUAUAUCAGAUUGCGCCACGUCCACGCGCAAGGACGAUGGGUUUAAUCCUAGUCGUCCACGUUGUUAUCCUCGUCCGGAUUUCAAGCAACUUUAGGUGAAAUCAGGUACAAAAACCAGUUGUUCUCGUCCUGGCAGCGGAUUUUUGAAUUUCGAAAUGAGGCUCUUACCCGUUUUGCCCCUACCUUCUUUUGAAAUCCCUACGCCCUCCCCUCCUCCGAAAACCUUAGAAUUUUUCUAUAAAUAUCCCCCUUUCCUCGUUUUGAAGGGGUUGGAGAUUAGAGGGAAAGAAAUUUUGAGAGGAUUUUGAAAUUUUCUCCAUCUCUGAAAUUUCUUUGAGAAAUUAGUCAAGGAAUAGAAAAAAAAUCAAGAAGAAGAGAGCUAACAAUAUUCUCAUUUAGAGGUCGUAGCGAUAGAUCUUGUUAGAGGUCCGAGCGUUCGAUCAAUUUUCGUUAUAUUCCUCUGUUGUUGUUGUUGGCGUGGAAGGAUCAUUGCUCUCCUCCUAGUUUCACUACCCAAGAAGAGGCAGGAGGGUAGGUGAGGCAGCCGCUGGAGGAAAUCAUGUUCCUCCUCAAGCCCCAUUUGUUGCUGAUCAGGUGUCUGUCAAUCCUGCUCGGUUGACUGAUGGAGAAGUGAGGAAUGCCUUGCUACAGAUGGCACAGGACAUCACACUCAGGCUCAAGCCACCAGGGCUCAAGCCGCAAGAGAGGGUUCCCCCAGAGAGAAUCCUCAUGCUGGCACCAUGGCUAGUAGGUUGAGGGAGUUUACCAGAAUGAACCCCUUAGUUUACUACUAAUCCAAGACCCAUGAGGAUCCCCUAGAGUUCAUGGAUGAGGUCCACAAGAUCCUUUUUUCCAUGGGAGUAGAUGAGGAGGCGAAGGUUGAGUUGACUGCAUAUCAACUCAAGGAUGUGGCCCAGAUUUGGUAACGGAUGUUGGCUGAUAGCCGAGCACGUGGAGAUGUUCCCAUCACUUGGGAUGUUCUCAAGACUGCCUUUCUAGAGAGAUUCUUCCCCAGAGAGCAACGAGAAGCUAAGUUUGAAGAGUUCAUCAACCCGAGACUGGGAGGUGUGUCAGUCAAGGAGUAUUCCUUGAAAUUCGUUAAUCUCUCUAAACAUGCUUCUUCUCUGGUGGCAAAUAGCAGGGAUGAAAUGAGCAGGUUUGUGACUGGCGUGUCGGAGGAUCUAGUGGAAGAUUGUCGGGCAUCCAUGUUGCAUGAUAGCAUGGAUCUGGGCAGGUUGAUGGUGCAUACUCAGCAAAUGGAGGAGAGCCGUCGUAAGAGGAAAGUUCAUGAAAGCAAGAAGCCUAGGAUUGCGGAUCUGGCUGGUCCCAGCUCGGGCAAGAGCUCAUUUGGAGUCAACAACAGACCUAAGUUUAACAGACAUUCAGGUAAUUUUGUUUCUUCAGGAAAUGUGAGUGCCAAAGUGAACGAGUCUGGCCCCAUAAAGGGCAAUGAUCGGAACGUCCAGCGAAAAAGCAAGUUUUGUGGUAAAUGUGGACCUCCCCAUAGAGGUGAGUGUUUAAUAGGUACUAACACCUGCUUAGGGUGUGGCAAGACUAGACACAUGGUUCGAGAUUUUCCUCAGAUGGUGAUAAAGACAAGGAAGAAUCUCAGCCUCAGCCGAAAGCUAAUGUUGCAGCCGAACCUCCUAAGAGGAAUCGAUUUUAUGCACAGAAAGGUAGAGAAGAGAGAGAGAAGUUAGCUGAUGUUGUCACGGGUGCAGGCUCAGGUGGACGUUGAGGUUAUCAUUCCAGCUGUUCGGAUUCAGAGAUUUCAUACGGACUUGGUAGGUCCUCAUUCAUUCGAGGAUGCCUUCCUUUAUAUUUCUUGCUUAAUAAGAUUGAACUAGAGGGGUAGGUUUCACUAGUGUAUCUUUUGUAUUUUAUUCAGACGCUUGUAAUGAUGCCAUUUUUGCAAGUAUUACUUAUGACAUGAGAUUCCAUUUCUAUCAAGUUGUAUGAUCUUAUAUUUAGAUGGUUGAUGUAUGAGGAAUGAACUUCCUUAAAGAUAUGCAUUUA